AUGCGAUGGCUGCCAAACUUGAUAAUAGCAUUAUCAGUGGUAGAUCAAGCCAUCGGCCAGCUUGACUGUGAUAUUCUCGACCCGGCAUGUAGAGCUAGAUACAGGUGAGUAUUAAAUUUAGCUUUUUUCUUUUUUUAGUGAAUUUUGAAAUUUUUGCUUUUGAACUGUGUUAUGUGAGCUUCGGAAUCUAAUGACAAACUUUGAAAAUUCCUUUUUCGUAAGUUUUUGUAGCGUUCAAUAGACCGAAAAGCCUCGAUUCAAGAUUUUCCGGGUCCUGACCAAUCAUCAACCUAUGGAAGGGAAAAAUGUAUAUAUAAAUGCAAUCUUGCAUCCAUGAUUUGUAUUUUUAAACAUUCUGGGAAAAUAGUGGUUUCACUAUAGAGGUUCUCCAAGGACUACUUGGAGAGGACACUAAAGUGGCCACUAAACCCACCUCUAUAGUGGCCAUUAUUUUCCGUUUUAGUGGCCACUUCAGUAGUUUUUUAUCCAUUAUUCUUUCCAGUACUCUGAUAAUUUUGAAACAAACAGAUUAGACCAGUUAUGUUGAUCCAUUGGCCCCUGAAGUGGUCUAGUAGUAGCACUUAGACCUCUAUAGUGCCCCAUAAUUUUUAACCCCUUAAGUGGCCCCUAAUUUGACUACUACAGUGGCGACUAAAAGGUCAAAACCCUAAAGUGGCCACUAAAAGUUUUCUCAGUUCAUUAUCGAUUUGGAUCAAUAAGAGUCUCCUUUUGCACAAUUUAAGCAGAUAAGAAGAAGUUCGAGAUUUUUCAAAGUUUUGAUCACCUUGAUCUACCUCAGGAAGGUAUCGAACAAGGACCGCUUGGUCUAUAGACACGAUGCCUAGCCACUGAGCUACCGAAAUUCUCCUUCUCGUUUCAGAAACGGGGUCCGGUUCUCCGACGCGAGGUCGAGGCUCGACUCUCGGUGCAACUACCAGGACAUUUGGCUGAUCCCCGGCCGCGCCGACGCCAGCUGCAGUCCGUGACCGCAGCUAACAUGAGCAAUGUUCAACGCUGAGUGUUUUCAGCCAGGCCCGGCGCCAAGCGCAUCCUCGAGAUCAACCCCGGGCAGGUGCACAUCAAGCCGGAAGUCGUACGCUUCCCUGGAUGUUUCACCCUUGAGAUUAAGAACGUUAAAGUGAGUUCAUUAACUCUCUGUUUUUUUUUUGAAUAAUUUUUUCUAUGUUUUUUCACUGAUCUCUCUUAAAAAUCAGCUAUGAUUCCUUUAAUGCGUAUUAUCAUGAUAACCUUUAUCAAGGCUUUUUUCUGUUUCCUGUCGGAGUGUCGUCCCAAAAAAUGCCUAUUAUUUUUUUUCUUCGAUUUUUAAUGUUAUUUGAAGCUUUUCGGUGCGAAAUUGUAGAAUUUUCCUCUUAUAAUCCCUUAUAAGAAAUUCAUGGCUCUUAUUUUCAUUUUCAAAAAAAAGAAAAACUUUUUACUCCGCAAAUAUAUUCUCGUAAACUACGGAAGAUUAGUCAAUGAUCCAGUCAAAAAAAAAUCAAUAAAUCACAGGUGCAAGACUCGGAAGAAGCCUUGGACAACAGCUUCUUCGCCAAGGCCGAAUAUCAGUGGUGGAACGUCAAAGAUUUCUCAAACUUAAAAUGCCAAAACUCUACAAAUAACGGGUGCGGAGGCUACGGUAACAAUUGGUGAGCUCAUUUUAUCCAAAGUACUCUUUUUGAUUGAAAUUCCGCUUAUGAAAAAAAAAAUUUCGAUGUCGAAUUCGGGCAAUUAUGACGUGGCGCGGAGAGAAUCACCGAAAGAUGAUUGAUCAAAAUCAAAAAUUUCUGGUUUUUUCGUUCCUGUCCAUCAACAAAACGGACGUUUUUCGGGAAAAAAAAGAGUAUCAACCUAAGUGGACAUUUUCGCAUCAAAAAAAAUUACCACUGUGAAAACUUUUUGGGUUUCGUGACAGUUUCAUUCUAACUUCUUGCGGAACGCGGAACGGACGUUUCUGGACAAUUCUAGGGAUCACUUAAGAGUGCUGAGGCUACUAAAGUGGUCACUAGAAAUGUCCAGAAACGUCCAGAGCAAGCCUGUUCCGCGUUACCAAUGUCCGAGUUAUAACUCAAACACAAUUAGAUCUUACAUGGAAGGUCAUUUUUGCAGUUUCAAAAAAAAAUUGUGUAAAAAAAGUAUUUUUGAAAUAACAUGGUCAUUGAACGGUUUUGAUCAUGAAAUUGCGACAUGUUCAAAAAAACCAAAAAAAAAUGGCAAAAAACGAUAUCCGCAAAAAGAUUCGAACCUUCAUCAUAGGCUUCGCGGGUUACCGCGCUGGCCACUGCGCCACGCUCCCAGGUGCCAUUGAGAAAGUUGAUUUUUUUCUUUAAAGGAAAUGGAAUCAGAAAAAAAUUCACUUCCAGCUGAAAACUUACCGAGAAAAUCCAACUAUUUUCUCAGUAAAAGAACUAUUUCCAGCUACUACUGCGACGUGUGUGAAUCCCUGACGGAACUCGAAAAAGAAGAGCCGCGAAAGACGUUGGCUUCACAGCUCAAAGGAAUCAACUGUCCGAGCAAACCCGGCUUUUACACCUUCAGAAAGGUUCUAAAAAAUUUCUUUUUUCUCUAACAAAAAACUUUGAAGGAGUUUUGUUUCAACGACUGGUCAGCCUUCGAUGCCGACGGCGACUGCGAAAUGGAUUUUAUCCAAGGCGACAAGGGCGACUACAAAGGAGCCUUGUCCAGUCUUCAGCAAGUCGGCUAUGUUCGUUUCUUUGUAUUUUUAAGCUCAAAAGAGCUGAAACUGGUUAUUUUUUUGAGUUUUAAAAUGUAAAGGAAAUAUAAGGCUUCUUAAUCUUCAAAAACUUUCUGGGAGGGCCAAAACGGAAAUCAAGCUUUUUCUUCUUUUCAGGGUUCCGUAAUCGCCAAGAUUCGGUUAGCUUACAACGCCACGGGCGCUGUGGCGCGAAAGAAGCAGCUCAAAGAGCUUCAAAUCGAGGAAACUGUGGCCAAGUGAGGGAACCUUUGACAACUUCAAUUGUAGAAAAUAAUUAUCUAUAGAGAGCUCGAAGACCGUAGAAGGACGUGGGACGUCAACAACGGACAGUUCGAAAAGUUCAGCCAGUGGUAUAUUGACUAUCGCAAGAACUUAUGGCACAAGUUUGUUUUUCUGAUCUUCAUUUUCGAUUCUGUUUUUAUCAAAUACCUCAAUAUCUAGCUAAUCUUUUAAAAAUGGAAAAAAGUCUACUCCAGAUCAUUUUUAAAAAAAUGACCAGGGCAGAAUUUCAGUGAGAAAAAGAAUAAUCCAUUUAUGGACCUUUGUUGAGGCUUUUACCUUAUUUUUUUUUCUAAAUAAACGAAAUAAUUGGUUUAAAAAAAUAAUCUAACAUUUUUGUUAAUUUUAGGCCAAUAUUAUGGUUUUUUUCUUGAGAAAAAAAUUAUAUCAAUAAAAAAAUUUUUAUUGAAAAAAACUAUUCACUACGCCGUGGCUUGGCCGAGUACGCAAAAAGUUUCAUUUAUUCACUUUUACAAAUGAAAACAGUUUAGUUACCUAAGCCGUCAGGAUUUGUUGUGAAAAAAAAAAACCGAAAUUACGAUUUUUUUUUUUUUGAAAAAAAGCUUAGUUUUUUUGGCCUAUUCAAUUCAAAGGGGUUUUCCAAGAGGAAAAAAAAUCAGAUCCAACAAAAUUUUUAUCAAAAAUGCCUUAAGGGACCACUAAUUACCCUGAUUACGCUACGAAAAAAAUAUUAGUUCUCAAAAUUAUGAAUUGAAUAUUUAAAUUCAAGAAAAUUUCAUCAACAUCUUCUUCAGAGACGACUACCUGCCGUGGCUGCUUUACGAGAACGAAAUUUCCUGCUUGAAGCUCACUUUCGACGUUUGCGAAAGGCCUCCGCGACGGGUCACCUACGGCGGCAGGACGCGUUUCACCUGCGAAAAAUUGAGAAAAAGCCCAAUAAUAUUUUUACAUUUUUCUUCUUCUUUUUUAUCAAAGCGCUUUCCCGCACAUUAGCACAGUUCUAUGCAAAAAUUGCCUUGUUUUCAUAACAAAUUUUCAAAAAGCAAGCUGUAACUAUAAGCGCUUGAUAAUGCUUCAUUUUUUUUCUCUUCUUCUUCUUUUUCUGUACAAUUUAUUUUCGGCGAAUUUGAUCUCAACACCGUCAGUUAGCCUAAGAAACACUACCGAACGUUUGAAACCGAUAUGAACGAAUAAAUUGUUGAUAAACUUUUAUUUUCUGUUUUUCUGGAAUGAUGAGCCAUGAGUUUGAGUAACAAUAGUGAAAGGCCUAUUUUUGAAUAAUUAUUCGUGUUGAUUUCUUUCGAAGUUGUUACAGGCAAUUUAAAUUUUUGGGAAAACCUCCGAACUUUUAGAAAAAUUUUUUUCUUCUUUGGUUCUUAUUCUUUCUGUUAAAAUGAACACUGAAACUUUUAAACCACAAUUUAGAAAAAUCAAGAUUUUGAAGUCCCAUCUUCUACUCAUUAA